AUGAAGAACAUACACAAACGCUUCUACACCGUCCUUCCGCGCCCCGUUGCCGUUGCUCCCGCCGCAUCGACCUCGCAACUCCCUCGCGUGCGCUCGAAUUCCGCAUCGUCCGCCCGCUCCCUUUACACCUCCACCCACCUCUCUUUCCUGGAUGGCCAAGCACCCCCACCACCUCCACCAAGCACUCGCGGGAACUCCAACAUCAUCGUGGGCACCCGCCUCGCUGCAGAGGCCCGCGGCGAGAUCGAAGGUCACACCAAUCACCCCUCCUCUCAGGGGCAGAACGGCCACCUCCCGUACUCAAUAGCGCUCACCCUCGGCCAAUCCGAAGCUUCGUCUCAUCUACCACUCUCUGCAUACAACCCGUUCUUGCCCUACCAAUCUCUAUCUCCGCUGCUUGUUUACUCCGCUAAAUCCGCGGAACCCCCAGCUCCGGAACACCGUACGAAGCGUCAGCGGACGCGUUACCAGCUCGAUGUUGGUGCCUAUGGCAUUCCGAAGCGGUCAAGAGGCCAGUUUGUAGCCGGUCGCGACGGACACGGUCGCUUCGCCGCAGGCGAUGGUCGGCCGGAGCACAAUCAGGAGGAGCUUGGCCGUGCCGUACAGGUGGGAGAGGACGCCUACUUCGUCAGGGACAACGCGAUGGGCGUGGCGGACGGCGUGGGCGGGUGGUCAAAGUUGCGACGAACAGCCAAUGGCGCAGAGCCUUCCGCCAGUGCGCUCUUCGCCCGGCGGUUAAUGCACUUCUGCUCGGAGGAGGUCGACGCUGCGAGCGAGCAGCAGGAGCAAAGUGCCGACCUGCUUUCGGACGCUGAGGACGACAUCUUUGCCGACCUCGAGGAUUCAUUAGAGGAGCUCGAGGACGGCCUGGACGUUCUCAUGAUACUCGAAAAGGCCUACGAGAAGACCCUGCGAUCGCACGUCUGUCGUGCGGACCAGAGCCCAUCAUCAAGCAGGUCGCAGUCCCCACCAGAACGAGAGUCACCUCCCACACCCAUCGCGACCUCAGCAGCUCAGCCGCAGUCAUCGAGCACACAAGCACAGGCCCCUGCGGUGAUUGCUGAGUGCGCCAGCGAGGUCGUGCCCCUUUUCCAGGGAUCGUCCACGGCGCUUGUAGCUAUUCUGGAGCAUCCUUCGCCGCGGUCGAUCAAGUCAUUCGGCGAUGCGCCGCUGUUCGAUCCACAGCCUGCGUCCACAACGCCCAUCGACGAUGAGAAGCAGGCGGGCGGCGCCGUCAUCCGGAUCGCGCACUUGGGCGACUGCAUGGGCAUGCUCGUCCGUGGCGACAACAUCGUUUGGCGAACGGAGGAGAUGUGGUGGGGCUUCAACACCCCCGUGCAGCUGGGCCCUGCAUCGUCAACCAAGCCUCAAGAUGCACGCGUGUUCACAGUUCCAGUAGAGGAGGACGACAUUCUCAUCCUCGCCUCCGAUGGGCUAAGCGACAACCUCUGGGAUGCGGACAUCCUCGACGAGGUCGUGCGCUUCCGCCACUCCUUCAUGGGCUCUGGCGCUUCGACGCCAGCCGCGGACUCGCCCGGCGCGUCCCCAGCAACGACUGCGUUUCGUCGCAGCACACUCGCGGGCAUGCUCAGCGAGGCGCUAUGUUCCCGCGCAAAGCGCGUUUCGGAGAUCCGGGGUUCGCGAAAAUCCUCGUCCCACGCCCAGAAUGCGAACGAGCCGAAGGUGCAGGUCGAGCUCGAGGUGCCAUUCGCCAAGCGGGCGCGCGAGCAGGGCCGGUUGUUCGACGGAGGGAAGCCAGAUGAUAUCUCGGUGCUCGUCGCAGUCAUUUCCCCUGUAAGGUAGAGUAGAUCGCCCGGAUGCGCGCGCUUUUGUGCCUCCGCCUCCGUGCAGUUCCGAUGCCCCGAUUUCUUGCAUAUAUGCGUGCCUUUUCCCACUGUAUGCACUCCUCCGUCCCUCACGUGUCUCAUUUCUCCUCUGCGCAUGUUUCCUGCAUCUAGUUAUGUCUUCACAUCCCCACACAUCAGCAUAUCUUAUCUCCUUGCGACCCCCUCCCACCCCCAUUCGGCUUCCCGAUCUCACUCUCGCUCAAACUGACGCAUUCCAACCACCAAUCAAGCGCAUACAUUCCGUUUAAACUCUCGUUACAUCUAUUUUAUUCCGUCCUCGCACUCGUUCCCAAACAUCCAACAUCUCCCCGUCUCAACACCAAACGCGUCUCGAAGCGCAUUUUCUGUACAGUGUAGAGUUACUCACUCAGUAGGACGGUUGUGCG